CCUCAUCGUCAUCUUUCAACAUCCACUUUCCGAAGUCCAUCCCGAAUUUGGUGCCUGGUGCUGUUCGCCUGCAUUUUCAUCGGGCCUUGAAGCUUAGUUCCGCAUAGUUAGCAAUCAGCGACUAAUCACCCCGCCGUCGUCAUGACGUCUGCCUCUCGUUAUCAGUUGGCUGACAUUCUGAAAAUUAACCCUGCAGCUGAUCACCACUGUGUCGGUGUCUCGCACUCCUACAAUCGCCGGUGCAACAAUUUGAUCAGCUAUCAGAAGCGUGACGAAGCGUACACUCUAAUCGAACGAGGCACCCACAUCUUCGCAGCUACCUCUUCCAUAUCCGCUGUUGAUCCAAUUCUCAUCGACCUUGCCAGUCUUUUACUCUGCCCCAACCAGCACCGAUACCAAUUCUUGACCCUGGUCGACCAGUGGGAGGCGAGACUGCAGCGGUAUCUGGCUGAGCGAUCUGCUGAAUCCACCGCAGCCAUGUCGAACAGCUACCUUCACAUGCCGCCCAACCCCACCAUCAUGGCCACGGGUAGUGGACUUGCAGUCACUAACCUGACGACCAGCCAUCAUGGGCCCAGCUCAUCGAGCCGAAUCACCAUCCAGCAUGGCAUGGUCGGGAUGGGUGCGAAUCAUCAUCACCCGCAGAACUCAAGACCCCGAGUCGAGAUCGUCCGUCCUGCUGGUGAUCCCGCUGCUACCACUAUGUCAGCUUCAGCUUCCGGCAGUGCUUCGCCUCUUCCGCACGCCAAUUCUGCGUUCCAUCACCGUCCCCACACCCCGGCGGUCCAACUCGUCAGCAGCACCUUGAUCGCUUCGGGUCAUACCCAUCCCGCCCAUCAAACAGCCCCGAGACCGAUUCCGUCUGGAGAAAGCACUGUGUCUAUGUACUGCGACUCCCCUACGUCUCCGAAGCCUCAACGGGUCAAGCCGCGCCCUGUGGAUGGCGACUGUGGAAUCUGUCUUCUCCCCUAUCUGGAUGAGAGCAUGCGCUGCGACAUGUCCGACGAUGAGAGAACCGAAGACGAUGAGGAUGAUGACUGGGAGGAGAUGGACGACGAAGAGCUUGCCGGUCCGGACUACGAUCACAGCUUGCUGGUCUGGUGCCGGGGAUUCUGCGGAACCAACUACCACCGGGCAUGCUUGGAGCAGUGGCUCGACACCUUUGACACCCUGGAGCCGACCUGCCCGACCUGCCGCAACUACUGGAUUCACUAGGUGAUGGGCUAUCAGGGAACUCGAAGGAGGAAUAGAAUGCAUAACGGGAGUUUAUUUCUUUGUAACUGGCAGGAUAUCCACGGAACUACGCUUCU